GCCUUGCCCAAGGGGCUCGAGGAGCGGCGAGAAAGUUGCCGGGGAGAGCAGCCGGGGAGGGACGGGCGCGGUUGUCACCCCGGAGCUCCCGGCGGGAAGCGGCUCUGCUGGCUCAGCCCCGAGCUGGAGCCGGAGCGCCGAGCCUGCGCCCCGCCUCACGCCGGCCAGGACCCCGCGACCCUCCCGCAGCGCCGGCCGGAGGAUGAACUUUAGCCGGAGCUGGAGGAUGCUGCGCGGGCUGCCCGCGGGAGCCGAGCGGCUGCACUGAGCUCGCCACCCGGCGCCACUCGCACCUGCCGGUGAGAGGAGUAUCUGCGGGGCCGGGAGUCCGGGCGCUACCGCUUCCCCCCGCCCCCGCCACUGCCCAGCCAUGGGGGGCGCGGGGCUCCGGGCUCAGCCCUCGCUUUGACAGCUCGAGAGACCCCGGCUGCGGGCUGCACCCGCCUGCGUCUCGGCCCCGCUCCUGGCACGCCUCCCACCUGCGCCUCUCCCCCGGCCCUGGCACGGCUGCCCGGAGCUCUCCCGCUGCCCGCUCGGCAGCGCCCGGAGCUGGCUUCCCUGUGCGUUCAGCCCGCUGGGGAUGAAGCCCUCCGCAGGGGGGGCUGCUAAGUGAACCCCACUUGUCUCCUGGGGCUUCCUCGCCCUCUGCCCGCCCGCGUCCUCCCUCCGCUGGCUCCGAUGGGGCUGGAAGUGCAGCCCCUCGCCGCCCCCCACACCAUGCUCUUCAAGCUGAGGAAAGUUCGCAAGAGGCGAGAGAUGCUGCUGCCGCAACUGGGCUUCAUCUGCGCCAUCCUCUUCUUCGUGUGGUGCAUGUCCAGCCUGCUCUCCAAGCUAGGACAAGAAUCCACUAUUACAGACAAAAAUGUUUUGUCAGAAAUAUGGAGGAACAGAAGAUUGAUGGCCUCACCUAAUGUGACACAUGAAGAAAAGAACUGUACAGAGCCAGCAAUUAAUGAAUUUCCUGAAGAUGUAUUUACAAAUAAGGAGCGGCAGGAGGGAGCAGUGCUGUUUCAUAUUAUAGGUGCUCUUUAUAUGUUCUAUGCCUUGGCUAUAGUAUGUGAUGACUUCUUUGUUCCCUCAUUAGAGAAAAUUUGUGAGAAAUUACACUUGAGUGAAGAUGUUGCUGGAGCCACUUUCAUGGCUGCAGGAAGCUCGACCCCAGAGUUAUUUGCAUCUGUUAUAGGUGUAUUUAUCACUCAUGGUGAUGUAGGAGUUGGGACCAUUGUUGGGUCAGCAGUUUUCAACAUCCUUUGCAUUAUUGGUGUCUGUGGGAUAUUUGCGGGACAGGUGGUUCGUCUCACCUGGUGGUCUGUGUUUAGGGACUCAGUGUACUACACAGUUUCCGUGAUCCUUCUUAUCAUUUUCAUAAAUGAUGAGCAAAUAGUAUGGUGGGAGAGCCUUGUACUCGUCGUUAUGUACUUCUUCUACAUACUUAUCAUGAAGUACAAUGUGAAGAUGCAAAAGUUGUUCACCAUCAAAAGCAUGAACGUUGGGAAUGGCAACACAGUCAGCAAUGAGCUGGAAGAUGGUAAUGAAUGUUAUGACAUAAGCUAUGAUGACCCAUCCAUGCCAUUGCUAUGGAAAGUGAAGGGAAAGCAGCAAUAUGGCAAAAACCCUGUGGUAAUGGUGGAUGAGAUCAUCUGCUCCAGUCCCCCAAAAUUCCGCUUCCCUGAAGCUGGCUUACGAAUAAUGAUUACAAAUAAAUUUGGACCCAGAACCAGACUGCGGAUGGCAAGCAGGCUCAUUAUUAACGAGCGUCAGCGACUGAUCCACUCUGCCAAUGGCAUGAGCAAAACGAUUCAAAAUGGGAAACAUGAAAAUAUUGAAAAUGGGAACAUCAUUGUGGAAAAUCAAGAGGAGGAGAAUGAGCAUGACAAUGCGUCUCCCUUUUCACCACCAGAUGGAAAAAUGAACAAAGUCAAAUGGAUUUUCACGUGGCCAUUGCUAUUCCUACUCUUUUGUACCAUUCCAAACUGCAGCAAACCGCGUUGGGAGAACUUUUUUAUGCUGACAUUCAUUUUAUCCACUCUGUGGAUUGCUUUGUUCUCCUAUUUUAUGGUGUGGAUGGUUACUAUAAUUGGAUACACUCUGGGGAUCCCUGAUGUUAUCAUGGGCAUUACUUUCCUAGCCGCAGGAACGAGUGUACCAGACUGCAUGGCCAGCUUAAUAGUAGCAAGACAAGGUCUUGGUGAUAUGGCCGUAUCCAAUACAAUAGGAAGCAAUGUGUUUGACAUUUUAGUAGGCCUUGGAGUACCAUGGGGCAUGCAAACUAUGUUGAUUAAUUAUGGAUCAACGGUUAAGAUAAAUAGCAAGGGACUGGUCUAUUCGGUUGUUCUUCUGCUGGGGUCUGUAGCUCUUACUGUGGGUGGAAUCCAUGUAAAUAAAUGGAAACUUGACAAGAAACUAGGCUUCUACGUGCUGAUUCUUUAUGCCAUUUUCCUGUGUUUCUCUAUAUUGAUAGAGUUUAAUGUCUUUACCUUUGUCAACUUUCCAAUGUGCCGAGAAGAUCUUUAAAACAAACCACAACCAUGAGAGAGGCUGACAUACUCUUGAUUUCUUGUGCUAUAAAUGAUAGACAUUUUAAAUUUCUACCUUCUCAUCAGUAAUCUGAUUUUCUUUCCUGCUUUGUCAUCCAACAAGCACUUUUACUUACCUGGAAGGAAAACAAACCUUUCUUUUAACAUGCUAGCUCGAGGCAACCAAAGCAUUUUCCUCUUUGGGUAUUGCUGCUCAGUCAUCCAACUUGUGGAUCUCAUGCAGAGUGCUCAAAAGUCCGAUUUUCGUGGUGUUCUGCUGUGGUUUUCAUUCUCCUUAUGCAGACAAUAAUGCACCAAAGUCAACUGGAACAAGACUAGAAAAAACUCUCCUCUCUCUCUUUCUUUGACAUUUACUGUCCAUGGAAGAAGAAGAGGCUGGCUCAGAACUUUUCUUGUCUCCAUUAAAAGCAUCAGAGCUACAGGACCAGAAAGUCCGAUGCACAUAACAUGGCAUGCACUGUUGUGGACAUAUGUUUUUCCCCUUCAAGUGCUCUGUUUAUAGAGGAACUGCAUUGACAUUUAUAAGCCUUUGUUGGUGAUUUCUGAAUAUUUAAUCACUCUUUUUUAUUUAAAAAUGUGAAGAACACAUGAACAAUUUUACAGAGAAAAGAGAAAAUGGUUAAUAUUGUAUCACUUUUGAUGAUGCACACUAAGAGAAAUAGAAUCUGAAAUCUUCAAAAGAGAAUAUACGUGCAAAAUAUUCAUACUUGAAAAAUGUGUUUUACCAUCAGCAAGGAAUACUGUACAAAUAUAAACUAACAUUUGUGGAAUAUUAAAGCCUGUAAGUAACAUGUUGCAUUGGCACUAGUAAGCCCACUUGUAAUUUUACAAGAAACUAAAAGAUUAACACCCAACGGGGUGCUCAGUUUCUAGUGGCAAUUGUUAUCUGAAAAAUAGAACAUGAACACAUUCCAGACGUUCUUGCAAUAUGAUGCAUCAGGGAUUUUUUGGGGGGUGGGGGGAUUUAUUUCAUUAUUAGUAUAUUAAUCUAGAAGCUUUUCCAUCUUCUCCAUUUUGUUUUUAUACCUCACAAACUUAAUAGAAAUGAGUACCCAACAUUAAGUAGUGCAGAUAAUAAACAACUCUGAUAAGAACAAGUCUGUCAUGGGAACUAUUUCCUUGAUCAGAUUGUAUGUAGGAAGUUUUAAAGCAUGUCUUUCUUUAGAGCCAAAUUAUUUUAACCCAUAGAACCAGAUUUUGAUUUUCUUUGCACCUGUAUAAGUCUAGAUUAAAACAAUUUUCAAUUUCUCAAUUUUCCUGGGCAUAACUGAGAACAGAAUCUUGGCCAGAAUAAUGAGUAACAUUACAAAAACUGUGUAAUGUCACAGUUUGAAGUGGUGUUAUAAAGAAGAUUCAUCAAAAGAAUUUAAUAUAUUUUGAAACUGCUACUUAACUCUAAAAUGUAUUUUAAAGUUGUAUGUGAACAACACAUAUAAGGUUUCUAAAGAAGCACAAUUAACUUUAUACAUAGAUUUAUUUUUAUUUUUUUAAUGUUUAUAUAGCAAAACAUCUAUCAGAUUACUAAAGAUUUGAUGCAUUUUAAAUGCAUUAAUAUUUUGCACUUAAGAUUAUAUAUCAAGAUGCCCAUUAUUUGUCAACAAAAAUACUUUAAACCCUUAGGAAAUAAAAUUGAUUAGAGAGGUUCCUUUACAUAUAUUAAAUUUAUCUGACUAAUAUAUGACCAAUAAUUCCUUUCAAAGCAAAGUUGCAUGCACAACCUUAAUUACCCCAGGCAAUGUGUUAUAAUUAAGGCUGUCUUUUUAUGUGUGUUGGGGGAUACUAAUUAAUGAAUGUAUUUUCCUGUUGAAUUUUAAUAGGAAUUGGAUCCUUUCAACACAGUCCUAAAGAAAAAGGGCAACAUAUCCGUUAUUUGUCUUACUGUUCUUUGUUACAAACGUCAGUAUUAGUAACCAAGCUAAGUUUUUGAGUUUUCCCCCUCACUCCCGUGGUUGAACUCACCAAUCCUAAAGAUGGCAACAAAUGGCAUUUGAUCAAAUAGGCAAGUGUCACUGGGAUACAAACGUAAUGGCAUUUAAAAUACCUUCACUGUGGUUUAACAUGGGAAGAGGUGGAAUCGAUGCAUCUCUGUGUUAUCUUUAUAUUGUAGAAAGGCUGUAAGCCAGGGCUAGAUUGUGCCUCCAGGUCACAGCUCCUGCCCCUUUUUCUUCCUUCCAUUCCAGGAGGAUAAUUGUCCUGUUCUGAUAGUAAUUUAUUAUGCCCCUUAUAUUGGCUCAUAUAGGCUGGCUGGCAUGGGAGAGCAGAGUCAAGGCUCCACCCACUCCCCACCUACCUACUCCUGGGUUGGUAGUGGGGAGUAGCAAGCUCACAGCACCCACUCAUAUUCAGACCUAACACCUAGGUAGCCCCUGGUGGGGCAUAAUGGGGAUUCCUAAACUACAGGAGCAUGGCCCAAGUUACAAUCUAGCCCCUAGUGAUCAGAUGAGGCAUGAGCGAUUUGUACAGCAACAAGUUAAACAAUUUUACACAUUUAUGGGCUCAAAGACAGAAAAACGGAUUGGAUCUGGAUAUUUCAGAGCCAAGCAAGCCUCAAAAGCCUAGAGAUCUUGUGCUAGUUACCUGGCAGCCAGUCCUAAACACACUGCCCAGCCAGGCAUGGAAUUAUUGGGUGUGUUAAGAUGGAUUAGAAUUACGCUGCCUAAAAGGAUGCCAUUAUCAUGGUUGAGUGAACCCAUUCUACAGCUAUCUGGUAUAUUUUGUCCUAACGAGAGAUUGUCCCAAAACAGAACGUUCGACCCAAAUUUCACAGGUUGGUCCCAUCUCUGGGCCCAACCAGAAUACUGACCCAUUUCUUCCGCCCUUCAAUUUGGAGGGCAUUUGGAUUCUGAAUCAAUUCUCAGAGUGGGAGCCGUGUUAGUCUGUAUCUGCAAAAAGAAUGAGGAGUACUUGUGGCACCUUAGAGACUAACAAAUUUAUUUGGGCAUAAGCUUUCGUGGGCUAAAACCCACUUCAUCAGAUGCAUGGAGUGCAAAAUACAGUACAAAGAUAGAGAGAGAGAGAGAGAGAGAGAGAGAGAGAGAGAGAGUCAAAGAUAUAUAUAUAUAUAUAGUGGCCACCUUAAUUGAUUUGUCUCAUUACAGUUGGUAUGGCAAUCCCCAUCUUUUCAUGUUCUCUGUGUACGUAUAUAUAUCUUCCUACUGUAUUUUCCACUCCAUGCAUCUGAUGAAGUGGGUUUUAGCCCACGAAAGCUUAUGCCCGAAUAAAUUUGCUAGUCUCUACUGUGCCACAAGUACUCCUCAUUCUUUUUGAAUCAGUUCUGACUCUGAAACCUAUGGCUCAGCCUCAUGUCUAGCAUUUAUAAUAUUAGAGAUAAUCUACCAUGCUUACCAGAAAUAAUUAUUGAUAAGUCUCCUCUAACGGGACCAGGUGAGCAGGGAUAUAUACUUUGCCAAAGAAGUAUUAUGCGCUGUAUCAGGGCCUUGAUGAAAAAUUGUCAUGUACAGUAGCUUACUCUGAAGAUUUCUCUCUAUACACUUUAUCCGUAUACAAAAAUAAAGAAAGAAAUCAAUAUAAUCCAAGCCAUGCAGAUAAACUAAGAGGCCUGAGAAAAAUCGUUUUGAUGGUCAGGAGCCACUUGUUUUUUACUGUCUGAGUAUCUUCAAGAUGAUCUAUAUCAUACCAAUAAUAUUAUACUUGUGCCUUCUGAAUGUAAAAAAAAUCACUCAUAUGGUCUGAAACACAUGACACAUUUGGGAGCUUUCCAGUCAAAAACAAAAGCAGGGAUUCAUGUUUGCCUCCCUGAUAUUGGCAGAAUUAUAAAUCACAUCUGUUCACAUUGUAUAUGUAAAAAUCUGCAUCUGUUUGUUCUAUUAACCAUGGCAGAGAGUUAUCUUCCUGAGUCUGGAAUUUAUGUUGGGUUUUUGCAUAAUAUAGUUAAUGUUUAGUGCAUGAGUGAAAAGAAAACUGGUGGAUGUGAGAGGGGAAACUGUUAAUGUGAUAUAAAAGUUGCCGAGAAAAUAGCAUUGAAAAAUGGUACUACUUCAGAAAAAAAUAUUCUCAAUCCAGCAAAGCUUGACUUCAAUAAGACUGUUCGCGUGCUUAAAGUUAAGCAUGUGUUUAAGUGUCUUGCUGGAUUGGGGCCUAAAUAAACAACAGAUUACGGUCUCUGGGUUUUGUGUCACUUUCCUUUCCUUUCCAUCUCAUAUUUUAUAGACUCCCUGAAACAAAAAGCUUGGGCCAGAAUCUACUAUUACACUGCAGAAGUCACUGUGGAUUUACAUUGCUGUCAAUGUCAGAACUUGCUCCCUCCCUCCCCCUCAUGACAAAUUGUGCACCGUUCUAAAUGUUUCACAAUCUAUAAGACAUGAAAAGUCAUUUGUGUUCAGUGGAGCAGGCUGUGAGAAAAGGAGUUACCCCACAAAUACAGUAAACUAUCAGUGAAAACAGAAGGAAAGCAGACUGAGGACCCGUUGACUGCAGAACAGUUCCUUUGUGCUACAACUCCUUCAAAGUAGCACAUCAGCAAGUCAUAAGGUGAACGGCCCCUAGUGAAAUCAAUGGGCGUUUUAUCAUUGACUUCAGUGGGGCUAGGAAUUCACACAUCUACUGUAGUAAAAAGAACAGGGGUACUUGUGGCACCUUAGAGACUAACAAAUUUAUUUGAGCAUAAGCUUUUGUGGGCUAUAGCCCACUUCAUCGGAUACAUAGAAUGGAACAUAUAGUAAGAAGAUAUAUAUAUACUUACAGAGAACAUGAAAAGGUGAAGAGGCUAAUUAAUUAAGAUGAACUAUUAUCAGCAGGAGAAAAAAAACUUUUGUAGUGAUAAUCAAGAUGGCCCAUUUAGACAGUUGACAAGAAGGUGUGAGGAUACUUAACAUGGGGAAAUAGAUUCAAUCUACUGUAGUGUUUACGUUAUAAAAUUUUGUAACUUAACGCCUGUUUCUGCAGUGGGAAUCUGCAUCCCAAGCUCCCACUGAUUUUACUGGGAGUAUUACCUGAAUCAGGACUCCAGGAUCGGGCCCUGAAUUGUUUAACCUAAACUUAAAAGCUAGCUUUAGGCUGAUUGUGAAUAUUUGAUCUCUGAGCGCUGCUCUUUGAUUGCAAUCCAGCCCGGAAGGACACGUGUGUUCCCCCAUGUACAGCAGAGUGGCCAUUUUCCUCUCAACUCAGUCAUCAUUAGUGUGCCAAUUUUAUUUUAUAUUGUUUAGGUUUUAUUUAUUAAGGAUCCUGUUAAUAUUUAAGAGAAAACACCACAUUUUUCCUAGUGUUAUUUUUACACUAAUUAUACAGACUUUCCAUUCCUAUCAUUGAAUUCCUUUGUGAAUGUGCUUAAAAUUCAUGCACUUGUUUCAAUUUCUUCUUCAUGUGUUUCGUUCAAGUUGCACAAGUUUCUUACCUGUUAGUUUUGUCAUUUUCCAUCGCAAGGCUCAUUCCUGGGGUGGUUGAAAUGGUAUGUCAUGUGUUUGUAACCCGAAUAGGUGUUUUCAGUGGCGUUUAUAAGCACUGCCUGGCAAGGAAAACCUCUGAGCUUCUCGUGUAGUUUAAGGCAAACGCUGAAUGAAAUGUAUACCCAGGUGAAACCAAAGAAUGUUGCUAUUAAAUAAUCCAGCACCUUGAGACAUAGAAUUCUGUAGUAGCAGGCUUCAUAUCCUUCACUUACAUGUGUUCAGACACUAAAAAGAAAUUUAAAAAUUUGUACAUGAGUACUUAAUAUAUAUUGUCCUUUUUAUUUCCUUAAACUGGAGCUCUCACUUGUUCUCAAUGUGCAGGUGACAGGAUUGAUAAGAUAGCUAACUGCAGGCUUCCUAAGGAAUUUAGUUCCAACAGUCCAGCACCAAAACCAGUUUUCAGCUUUUUUGAAAACCUGUGUACUCAAGUGAUCAAUGCUCCAUUUGAAAAGAGAAGAAAAAUUGCCAUUCAAAUAAGCCAAAGUGUACAUUCUAAUUUCUAACCUACCACCACCAAAAUAGUUAUCUAGAGCAAAAUAUGCACAUACUAAAAAACUUCCUUGAACCUGCAUUUAUCUGUUUCCAGUAGCUUUUACUGUACUGGCCUCAUCCUAGUACCCACGGCAGAACACAGUGCACCAAUGUGUGGAGUCCUGAAGCUUUUUCCCAGGGAAAACAGUAAGGUCCUGCACAUCUCUGCACCGAAACUGGUAGUAUGUAUAGCACCUGCUACACUUGCUCAUAUGAGUGAUGAACAUGGCAAUCCAUGUAUCACAUGUUCUGCAUGAUACCAUACUUUUGAAAUGCAAAGCACUGUCUGAAAGAAGCAAAUGGUAAUGGGAAACUAGUGUCAUUUUCAUAUUACCUUAAAGGCGAUUGUUGGUAAGUAAGUAAUCCUGUUUCUUUUUAUUUCGGCACAAAGAAUGUGUGCAAUCUUAGGUCUGUUGAUCUUUGAGAUGGUCUUGGUAAACUUGAAAGGCAAAUGUGGAGGUUGAUGUUUAGUAAGAGUAUGUAAAGGUAUCAGAAUGUAUCAGUCAGACAGGAAGUCUCCAAAAAAUCUACGCCCUGAGCCUCUUCUUUUCAGAGGGUUGUUGCAGCAAGACUAUGGCCAUUAUUCAUAUAGUAUUUCUGUAUGCAAAGAAAUAAACCUGCUAACAUGGCAGGAAUUAUGGUCAAAAUGGCUGAAAUUGUGCAACAAAGCUAUGACCAAAUUCCUGCCCUCACUUACUCUGGAUUUACACCUGUGAAACUACUGUAAUGUCCAUGGAGUUAGUUCAGGGUUACACCAGUGUAACCAAAGGCAUAAUUUGGCUCCCACUGUCUUCUCUGUUGCCAGAAACUCUUUGGCAUCAUUUAUGAACACUGAAGGUAUGUCUACAGUGCAAUCAUGGAGUGUGAUUUCAGCUCCUGUAGAUACACAGGAGCUAGCUUUAAUCUAGCUAACUCACGUACUGGAGCAAUGAAAAUGCGCCAGUGCACACUUCAGUGGAGGCUAGCUCUCUGUGUCAUUUACCCACGGUUCUGGGUGGGCUUGUAUAGCCCAUGCUGAAGCAUGCGCUGCCCCUCGGCUUCACUGCACUGGUACCUGAGCUAGCUAGAUUAAAACUAGCUUGGGUGUGUCUCCAUGAGCUGCAAUCACACCCUGUGACUGCAGUGUAGACAUACCAUGAAAUAACUUCUGAUCCUUUUAAAUUUCCCUUUAUUUUACACUUGCAGACAUUUACAAUGCACCUUGCAGAAGUGCGGUACCUCUUUAAAUACUAUGAUACAUUUCUUGAGCUGCUCAAUUUGAAAACAAAGUGACAACUUUGUAAACUGUAAAUAACACAAUUCUAUCACAUUAUUUAUUUUUUCAAUGACUGUGACCUUAUGCACUGUGAUAUGGGGUCCUUUGUACAGACAUGUAUGUCAUGAAAAUCAAAUGGAAUUAAUGUGAUAAUUUGUUACAAAAUGUUGGCAUGGUAUUUGAUUAUUUUUAUUGUGAAAAUUAUAAAAGAUAGUUAAAAUGAACUAUACAUUUAUAAAGAACCUAGCAGUCAGUAUUGUAAUGUACUAUAUAUCAACAUAUACACUGUCAAUAAA